AUUCAAGGUUAUUUGUUGGAAGAAUACAAAUACCUACGAAUAAACGCCCAGGCAACUUGAAAUUUAACCUUGACAAAGGUUUGCAAAUUUACCUAGGUACUUAUAAUUUCUCUGGUACUCAGUCAUUGGACUUGAAGGUUCAGACUUGCAUGAACCCAACCAACAUAGACCCGGUCGGAUUCGGGGUCGGUACCUCUUUACCAAUCCAAUCGGGCUCGAAGCAAAUGGUAGCCUGAAUUUUACUCUCGACACCAACAUUUCCUCUAAUCUCAUCCUGCAAUUCGAGAUCAUCAAUUAAUCCAUUGAACGGAAACCUCGCGCAAUCAUGUCGCUAGCUCCGGCUGUUACCAGAGAUGGAUUCGCCUACGCCGGGGACCUCUUCGCCGAAGCGAGCGGUCACAAUCGGCACCGGCGCGCCACAGUAGCGGAGCUCAAGGACCAUUUCAAGUCCGGCAAUGAGAAGGAUCACCCCGCUCAUUGGUUUGAGGCUCAACUCAUCCAUUACGGUCUUCAGCCUUCCAAGACCAAAGCAGUAGCUCGUAUGCGUCUUUACGAUGCCGUCAACGGAGGAAAGCUAUCAAUUCCCACCCACAUCAAGCAACUCGAGUCAGACCUAAAGAGAGAAUGGACCAAGAACGAACGCGACGCCAAGAAGGCCCUUUCAGCCCCUGCUGCUACUACUACUACCAAGUCCACCAAGCGCAAGGCCGAGGCUUCUUAUGUUGAUUUGACUGUUAACGUUGGCGAUGUAAACAUCACCGUCUCAGCCGGUAACGCCAAGAAGAAGGCAAAGACCACAGCUACGACUGCAAAACCUUCAACCCCCACCAAAUCUCCGAAGAAAGCCGCUGAGCCUAAGGCCAAAGCCACCCCAAAGCCCAAGACUGCCAAGAUGAUGCCGCUUAAAGCGGCCUUGAAGACACCUACUAAUCAGAAGCUUGAUACUAUCCCGUCUUCGUCCCUCGUUUCUCCAACCCGCCCGAAGCAGACAGCUCGUCGCGGUGGUCUUCAUCAGGGACCUGGCCGAGCAGCACCUAGGAUCCCCGCAUCCAGCCCCGCGCCGUCUCGUCCCAAACAAACCGCGCGCCGAAGCGGCGCAUUCUCAGCUCGCGGUCGAAUUCCAGGUCCCUCCAGCAGCCCCGGCACGCACUACCACGUCAUCGACUCCGACUCGAACGAAGACCGAGGCCCGCCUCCCCCGUACAGCGAGUACCCCAGCCACGACGACAGCGACAACGACUUCACCAUGCACUCACGCAACUUACGUCCCCUAGGUCUACUCAACGGUCGCUACCAUAUGGACUGCCCCUACGUAGCCGAGCAAUGGGACUACGACAGCUUCUCGCUCGUCUUAACCCUCAGCGGCACCGAACUUCUAGGCCGUUUCGACUUCGGCGUAAUCACCGGUGUCCUGCGCCUCCCGCAACGCCCUUGGCAGUCCUCACUUGAGAGUCUACAGUUCCGCUGGCGCGGACGCGAGGACGAGGGUCCGAUUAUAUACGGAGACCAACACACCGGCGAGAUCCGCUUCCUCGGAGACGGCCGGAUUGAGGGUGAGAUUGAUUACAUGGGGGGCAUUAAGUUCACCGGCGAUAGGGCUCCUGGACAGGGCACGCGAAGUGGGAUUGAUGCGCAGACCCUGAAGAAUGAGUGGGAGAGUUAUAAUGAGAGCGAGUACGAGGCAGAGAACCGCGGACGCUGGUGAGUGCGGGGUUUGAGAGAGUGGCGUUUUGUGCUACGUCUUGUCGAUUCGAUUUCAGGGCUUAGGGACGAUGCUUCUGUAAUCUCGGGCGGAGAUUCGGAGUUACUAUUUGUCUAUAUAACUCCGAAGUCCGGAUUUUGCAUCCUGUUCAGGUUUCUAUAGGCCAACGAGACCGGCGAAUUUGUUGUU